AUGAUUGCAACAUCCACAUCACCCUCUCUUCCUUCACACCGGGACGCUUUCAGCCGUAAUGCUGGUCAGAGGGCUUCGCAAGAAAGACGGAAAGCACUGGUCCCAGAAUUUUAUGUGUCACGCGUGAUCGGAGAUCAACCGUUGUGUCAAGCUCGACAGAAUGAUUCGGACGAGGAUGGUACAUCCAAUUCAGAUGCCAUCGAAGAUGACGGGGUUGUUGCAAUUGAAGAAUCCAAUGACAUCCUGGACACCUUGUUAGGUGACUUGGAUGGCUCGAUACCUUCUUGGGAGACCAAUAUCACACCAGAGUUCGUGCGUGCGCUAGCCGAGACAGCUUGGGGCCACCAGAUUGAAGCUAUCCGCGAUGCCAUGUACAAGCAUGUCGCUUUAGAAACCUCUUUUCGUGUACAUCUCCCAAGGGGUAGCUUGAACACGUUUCGCCUCGAGUUCCACGUUGCCCAUCUUAUUCUAAGAAAGGCACCAGCUCCACCGGUGGGUGGCACAGAUAACGGAACCGAGAAGAAUGAUCCAGUGGCUGAUUUGACUUUUCUUGAGGAUGCCAACUCUCCAGAAGAAGCUCCAAGAUAUCUCAUUUAUCAAUCGCAUAUUAGCGUAACGGUGUGUGGGUGGAGCGACACCCAAUGGACGGGAUACGCAUUCGCCAAUACAGGUCUUCCAUUGACCUCCUUCGUAUCGCAAGUAGAAGAUGAGCCGACACACGACUUGUUCGCUGCGGACCGUGAUGACGACUAUAUCAAAGACGCAGACGAUACGACAUGGGAUGCGCGAAAGUACUGGCUACAGGUCGUGGGUAUACGAUGCGAACUGAUCUUGAAAGAGUGGACUUACCUAGUUCGCACAGUCGAGGAAGCAAUCACUAAAUGGAGAGCGAAUGAUCCGUGCAACAAGAGUAUUGCUCAGGCAAACCUAGAUUCUAAAGAUAUCAAGAGAUCGCUUGACUGGAUUGUUCAGACUAUGCAGCUUUUACGGCAACUUCGAGACUCCCUGUCGCUCACACUGAGAGCAUACAAACGUUUCGCCGAGCCAGGUGGGGAUAUGGCAUACUUUUCCGACCUUUCCGACUGCGGCAGAACACACAACAGUAUCAAAGGGACCUUCGAGAAGCUGACAGAUCUCUAUGACAUACUAAAAUCUCUUGAUGAUUCCUGUCAGCGAUUCACAAUCCACCUUGGCCGAAUCUUAAGUUUAGAGCACAACCGCCUCACAGCGGAGAGCUACAAGAUCAGCAAAGACGAAUACCAGUUGAGUGCCGAGAGCAACAGCCUUACUAAAGACCGCAACCAGCUGGAUGCUGAGAGUAUGAGAUUAAAUAAACAAUCUCUCAGCAUCAACCUUCGCUCUAGCGAGCUUUACGACACGCUUCGAGAACUGACGGAGCAAAGUACCAUAGCAGCAUGUGCAAAUCAAGCGGAUGCAGCGAGAACAAGUCGCAGUACACGCGUGAGUGUGGAGAUUCCGCCUGCGCACUUUUCGACAUAUGCCUCUCCGUAUUCAUUCAGCAGACAGUGCAGAAAGAUUGUCGCGCUAGACGAAGCACAUAACUACAUGACGCAAGACCAAUCAACAUCUUGGGGUACCGACGUGGCGCCGAGCCAGCCUCCUUGGGCCCGCGCGUUGUCGCGCGCAGCCGCUACCUUCUCUCGCCAUCGCUACCUUCUCUCGCCAUCGCUACCUUCUCUCGCCAUCGCUACCCUACAUCGCACGUUUCUCUUCAUCACUCCUAGUCUUAUUUCGCCCUCUCUGGGUCACGUAGGAUUGCGAGUGGCUGUGUGCGCGACGGGCGCUGUAGCAUUUUUUAGCGACUUAUAUGCCCCUUCGAGAAUGUCUACGCAAUCGCGGUCGCAGGUCAUACGGUCUAAACCGAUAGGUGAAGGAUUAGAUGGCUUCCGCAAUACCUUCAAUUCGAUAUGCGAUGACAUAGGCGUCCCUAACUCCUCGCAAGCGCUUGAUCAGGUGGGUUAUGAAGAUACCCAAGACCUGCUGGUUACUCUUAUAUCUGCCUUGCAGGCCCUUCCUGCCGCUCGACUCCUACAAUCCAAGAAUGGGAGUAAAAGUCUCUUCCACGACCUCUUACGGCUUAAUGCCGCAGUCGGUUCUGACGGUUUCGACGCUGACCGAGUACGACCUCUGCUUGACGCGAUCCUCACACUUCAGCCUGACGAAUUUGUCUGGGAUGCAGUCUACAAUGCCGUCACCAAAUCAACGCCUCCACCCCGCCCUACCUCGUCCUUCCCACAAACACCCCUGUCCAGCAACACGGGCAGCUUCGCGAACUCAGCCGAGCACCGCAAACACGUAGACAAUGUGCUGAAGGAAGAGCUUGGACACCUAUACGUUGGCAUACCUGGCUUCUUCGACGCGUUCUUCAGAGAUGUGCCAGGUCUGAGACCUGCGGCACAGGCUGUGUUCGACAAGUGCCAGGAAGGAGAUAAACCACUCUACCGGUUGGCGAGCGGUUGGCAAGGCUGGCCUGAAGGGGCGAAAGAAAAGGAUGUUUUAAACUGGUUUGCCCCGCUCACAGACCGGCUGUUGGACCUCACAGAAGGGCAUCAGCUGGAAUCUAGAGUUCGGCGGCGACUACUGGCACAGCCAAAUCAGCCUCUGCAAGGCUCCACUGCCGAUCGCAAGCUGGACAUUGGCUUUGUGGACGAUCUAAACGCCGGCGUGAACUUAAAGUGUCGAUGGUCACAGAUUCUGAUACCUAGGGAGCUUAAGAGCAAUCCCCGCCGCUUUGUUGUUGGCUUCACUCUCUGUGGACCCUUUAUGCGGCUAUGGACAUUCGACCGACUUGGAGGUAUCGCUUCCGAGCAGUUUGACAUAAACGAAGAUGGAUUGCAGUUUGUGUCUGCAAUGCUUGGCUUUCUCUGGAUGAGCGAGGAACAGCUAGGGUUCGAUCCGACGAUUAUUAUAGUUAGAGACAAGCGGUACAUUGAGAUUAAGCGGGAGAAUAGGAAAGAGCGCCUCGUUAUUGAUAGGUUGAUAAAACGGGUGCCUUGCGUCGCUGGUCGAGCAACGACCUGCUGGAAAGUUUAUAAAGAAGAAGAUCCUAACACGCCGCUUGUUGUUAAGGAUUCAUGGCAGUAUCUAGAGCGCGAAGAGGAAGGCGAAUUGUUACGCGAGGCAACUAAGAAGGGGGUGAUAAAUGUUGCUAGGUACUUCCACCAUGAGACAGUUAGUGUAGGCAGUCAAGACGACGACAUCCGCGCAAAUGUACGGAAAGGCCUGGAUAUAACCAAGGCAACGAACUACAAGCUAGAAAAGUCAAUGCCGCCACUAAGCACGACCGGACAACGGGCCUCGCGGAGAGACAGAAGCAGCAGCAACACUAGCGGGCGGAAGCGAUCCUUAAGCUGCACAGCACUGCCAUUACCGCCUAGUAAGCGCACUUGCUCAGGCUCCCCAAUAAAGCAUGCUGUGGCGAAUCGAGUCCACCGCCGUGUUGUUGUUCGCGACUACGGGAAACCUAUUUACAAGACCAGUUCAAUAGUCAGCCUUCUAGCGCAGUUAGAAGGCUGUAUUAACGGAUACGAGUCGUUACACAUACAGGCUAACAUGCUACAAUGCGAUAUCUCACUGAACAACCUCUUGAUUAACGAGGAAGACGAUAAUCCCUCUUGGCCCGCGUUUCUAAUUGAUCUUGAUCUUGCGGUUAAGGAGAAUCGCGAGGAACCGUCAGGAGCGCGAGGGAAGACGGGCACGCGAGCGUUCAUGGCAAUUGGGGUGCUUCUCGACGAAGAGAAGCAUUCGUUCAUGCACGAUCUCGAAUCGUUCUUCUGGGUCCUCUUCUGGAUAUGCAUUCAUUAUGAUGGACCAGCCAAAGAUGUUAGGGCGACGGAGUUUGAGAAGUGGAAUUAUGUGAACAUGGAGGAAUUGGCGGAAUUGAAGUCAGGGCUUGUGAGUAGGGAAAGACAUUUUCUUAAUCGGAUCACGAAAGCCUUCACGCCAUACUACCAGCCGUUGAUUCCAUAUGUGAAUAGGCUGCGACAGGCAGUCUUCCCAAUGGAUAAACCGUGGGAGAAUGAGGACAAGACAUUGUAUUCUCGAAUGAAGGAGAUUCUUCGAUUGGCGCGAACGGAUCUGGAAAACUCAGAGUGA